CACAUUUCCUGUAAACUAACACUACACGGCGCUGUCAGAGUAAAACUGAAACAAAAUCGUGUCGCUCGUAGGAUAUAACAAAGGAAAAUAAAUAAAUAAUUUAAAAAGCCAAAGAAGAAGACCAUAAACCACUGCUAUAUAAGGACAGAACUUGCUGUUGACUUGAAACGGACCCGUGGCGUGUCGUUGUAAUGUUGGUUGGUUAGCUAGUUAGUGUUAACCGGUCGCUGUGUGAUUUGUUUGUUUUAAAUUGACUAUUACAAUCCUGUAAUUAUCCGCUACACAACACUGUUCUGGUGUUUACCUGGUCAUCGCGGUUGACUUGAACCUCUUUUUACAUCUUGGCGAGAUCUAAUUUGCCAAACCAGUACCAAAAUGUCAAAAUACACCACUUUUGCUGAGGCAGCUGAUGAUCAUAAUCCAUUUCAGGAUCCAUCAGUGACUCAGCACAGCAGCAACACUGGCUAUGCCACGCUGGACCUCUACAACCCAUUUGACAACAACACAACAGCGCCUCCACCUCCAUAUGAAGCCACAUCUCCUGCUGCACCUCCUGCCCAGACGCCUCCCAGCAGGACCACACCAACCGAGCCCAGGAAUUAUGGAUCCUAUGGGACACAGUCUGCAGUAAAUGCCACCACAGCAGAUCUUUUGAGGAAGCAGGAGGAACUAGAAAGAAAAGCAAAAGAGCUGGAGAGAAGAGAGAGAGAGCUGAAUGCAAAUUCACUUGGGUCUGGAGCCACUCGUCAGAAUAAUUGGCCCCCAUUGCCCUCCUUCUGCCCGGUGGGACCGUGCUUCUAUCAGGACAUUAAUGUGGAGAUUAGCCAAAACUUCCAGCGCACUGUCACCACUAUGUACUACUACUGGAUGUUCACAGCAUGCACUUUGCUCUUUAAUCUCAUCUCCUGUUUGGCUAUGUUCUGUGUGGAUCCCAAUAAUGGAGUUGGUUUCGGCCUUGCCAUACUCUGGUUUCUCCUCUUCACCCCCUGCUCCUUUGUUUGUUGGUACAGGCCUGUGUACAAAGCCUUCAGGAGUGACAGUUCCUUCAACUUCUUUGCAUUUUUCUUUGUCUUCUUCGCCCAAGUGGUGCUUUAUAUUAUGAUGACUAUCGGUAUCCCUGGCUGGGGCUUCAGUGGCUGGAUCGUGAGUUUAGCCGCUCUUAGCAAGAACAAGGCAGUGGGUGCGAUCAUGAUUAUAAAUGCUGUGCUCUUCACUGCUCAGGCGGCUAUGGGAGUGGUGUUGCUCAAGAGGGUUCAUUCUAUGUACAGGAAGACCGGAGCAAGCUUUCAGAAGGCCCAGGCUGAGUUAACUACCAGUGUGCUUUCCAAUCAGGCAGUGCGCCAGGCAGCCACCGAUGCCACUGUUUCUGCCGCACAAGGCGCCUUCACCGCACCCCGGUAGAGAGACCUGAAUGAAAGAAAAGAA